AUGGCCGGAGUCACCAGUGCAGAGCUUGCUGUGCCACUUGUAAAUGGUGCGACCUUCGCUGAGACCUCUGCGGAGGACGCGGCCUGGUGCUUCUCACGCAUUACUUUCAGCUGGGUUGGCGGCAUCAUCCAGGAGGGCUAUAGACGCGAGCGUCGCAGAGCACAGCAAUCUGAAAGUCCUCAAGCUGGGCCGCUGGCCUUGACUGACAAAGAUUUGCUUCAGCUGCGGAGCGAUGACAUGGCCGAGAGCUUGUCGGAGAAAGCACAGCUGGCGCUCUCGGAGGAACAACGAGAAGAAAGACCGUCCUUGGUGCGUGUGUUGCGUCGAGCUUUUGGCGGGCCAUUCAUGUUCGCAGCAGCAUUCAAAUUCGUUUAUGACAGUUUGCAGAUGGCAGGUCCUUACAUUCUCAAGGCAAUCUUACACUUUCUGGACCACUGUGACGGAUCUUCUCCGAGCCAAUGCACUUUUGAAGAAGGCAUGUCCUACGUUGUGCUGAUGUUACUGAGUGCAGCAGUGCAGACAAUGGUUCUGCAUCAGUACUUUCACCGGUGCUUCCGCACUGGGAUGAGAUUCAAUGUAGCUUGCAUUUCUCUCGUUUACAACAAGUCGUUGAGGGUGGAUGGGGCUUCGAAAUCCAAAGACUCGAAGCAGCGAACAUCUGGAGAGAUCGUGAACCUUAUGGCUGUCGACUCGCAGCGUCUUCAAGAUUUCGCUCCUCAACUCCACCCGUUGUGGAGCUCGCCUUAUCAGAUUAUCAUCACACUGAUAUUCCUGCAUUGGGUAGUGGGUUGGGCAACUUUGGCUGGACUCAGCGUGAUGCUCGUGCAGAUUCCAGCGGUGGCAGUGGUAGCUCGACGAAUUCGCCUUGCUCAGCGUAAGCUUAUGACCAUCAAAGACGAACGAAUCAAGCUCACCAACGAGGCUUUUGGGUCCAUCCGUCUCCUGAAAAUGUAUGGUUGGGAAGAUUCUUUUGAGACAAGGCUGGACGGCGUUCGUGAGAUGGAGCUCAAGCAGCUCAGGAAAUACCAAAUUCUGAACAUCAUUAGUUCUGCAAUGUGGGCGACAGCCCCGAUUCUUACUGCCUUGGCUACGUUUGCAGUGUACUGUUGGCUCUACAAGGAGCUGACAGCCAGCACGGCCUUCACUGCUGUGGCCCUUUUCAACGUUCUGCGGUUUCCGUUGACUAUGUUCCCACAAGCGAUCACGACAGUGGUGGAAGCCAAAGUUGCAAUCAGGCGACUGGAGGAUUUCUUGUGCGCACCCGAAAUCCCAGGACGCAGCCAGGCAGCGUCCAAAGGUUUUGCAGUGGAAGUUCGUGAUGCCGAAUUGGCAUGGCCGAAUGGAAGCCCGCUUCUUUCGAAGGCCAACUUCUCCAUUCCAGCACCGGUCGAAGGACAACAGACAGCUCACAUGACUGUUGUGCUCGGGGCAGUUGGUGCCGGCAAGUCCGGACUGCUGCAAGCUUUGAUUGGGGACCUAAGUCCAGUGUCAGGCAUCGUGUCGACAGCUGGGCAAAUCGCUUACACAUCCCAAGUGUCAUGGAUUCGAAACGCCUCGGUCAGAGACAACAUUAUUUUCAACAGCACUUUCCAUGAUGAUCGCUACAAGGCCGUGGUCAAAGCUUGCUGUUUAUUGCCGGAUCUGGAAGCUUUGCCCAACGGGGAUAUGACAGAAAUCGGUGAGAAGGGCGUCAACUUGUCCGGAGGACAGAAGCAAAGAAUUUCCUUGGCACGUGCUGUCUACUCUCAAGCGGAUCUUAUGCUGUUGGACGACCCGCUGAGUGCCGUGGACUCGCAUGUUGCUAAGAAGCUGCUCAAGAUGUUCAAGGGCCCUUUGUUGUCAAGAUCCUCCAUCGUCCUGUGCACACAUCACCUUCAAGCGGUGCACAGUGCAGACCAGAUCAUUCUACUGAGCCGCAGUGGUGCAUCUCAGCAGACCGGAGCGGAUGCCAACGAUGCGUCGCCGGAUCUUGAAGCAGAGAGCUUGUCUUCGUCCGCUGAGUCCACUGACAAGCAAUCCACACAGCCUGUGCCCAAGAUAGCCUUUUGCGGUACCCUGGCCGACUUUCAAAACGCCUUUCCUAAGCUGGUGGCCAAGCGUGGGGACGGUGAUACGGCUUCUUUCGAGCGCCAGACAAGCGAUGAGCCAGCGCCCUCUGAAGCCAAAAGCACUGAAGCCGGUAAGUUGGUGCAGAAAGAGGAGGAACAAAUCGGCUCUGUACCGACCGAAGUCUAUGGGGCUUACAUCAAUGCAGCAGGUGGAACAUGCGUGGGUGUGGCAGUGGUGUUCGGAGUCUUGUGUGGUCAAGGUCUCCAGUCUGUUGCAGCCGCCUGGCUUUCGUACUGGUCUGAUCACAACACCCCCAAGAGCGUGCCUCACAUUACGAGCUUAGUGGGACUGCUGGGAUAUGGUGGCCUCAGCAUCACAGCGUUCACUGGAAUCUUCCUGACGAGCGCAUUAUUCAGAAUGACAGCCUUGAAAGCAGCGCGCACCUUCCACCGACAGCUCCUAGCAAAUUUGCUGCGUUUGCCAAUGACGUUCUUUGACACGACUCCACUUGGCCGUGUUCUCAACCGGUUUUCCAAAGAUAUCUACACCAUCGACGAGGUCUUGGUAAACAACCUCUACAGCUAUCUCCAAGUCUCGUCAGUUGUCGUAUGCACGAUCAUAGUGAUCUCAGUCGCAACCCCGUGGUUCUUGGUCAUCAUCUUCCCGCUCUUGCUGCUCUACCGAGCGACACAGAACUUUUACAUCCCGGCUUCCAGACAGCUGAAGCGCAUCGAGUCCAACUUGCGAUCUCCCAUCUUCUCGCACUUUUCGGAGACCUUGGAUGGAACCGCGUUGAUCCGCGCCUACGGCCAGCAGGACAUCUUCAUCUCCGAGAGCCUGUUUCGCGUGAGCCGAAGUAUGAGAGCCUACUACUCCAACAUGUCCUCCAACCGCUGGCUGGCUGUCCGCCUCGAAAGCUUUGGGGCUGCCAUCACCUUCUGCGCGGGGAUGUUGGCAGUGCUCGGGCGAAAUAGCAUCAGUGCAGGUGUUGCCGGCCUCUCCAUUUCCUAUGCCCUCUCAGUCACGCAAGCGCUAAACUGGGUGGUGCGAAUGGCGGCCGACCGCGAGACGAACAUAGUUUCGGUCGAGAGGGUCCGCGAGUACUUGCGACUGGAGCCAGAGCCUCCGCAUCACCAGACCACGGACCCAAGUCCUCAGACAUGGCCCAGAGAGGGCGCAAUAGAGUUUAAGGACGUGUACCUUCGCUACCGGCCCGAUUUGCCUUAUGUUCUGAGUGGCUUGAACCUAAGCAUCCGCGGUCGAGAGAAAAUCGGCAUUUGCGGUCGCACCGGUGCUGGCAAGUCUUCCGUGCUGAACGUGCUCUUGCGGCUGGUAGAGGCUGGCUCCGGUAAUGUGUUCCUGGAUGGACUUGACAUCAAGAACUUGGGCUUGCACUGCUUGCGCCACAGCUUGACGAUCAUUCCUCAAGACCCCAUCUUGUUCUCUGGCAGCUUGCGCUUCAACUUGGAUCCAGUCGGCGAAGCGUCAGAUGCAAGCCUUUGGCAGAGUUUGCAGCGCUCGCACUUGUCAGAUCACGUCUCGACCUUGGACAACGGGAACGGGGAUCGAGGCCUUGAGAGCGUCGUCCAGGAGCAGGGCAAGAAUUUUUCCCUGGGCCAGCGGCAACAGAUGUGCUUGGCACGGGCAUUGCUGCGGUCCAACGUCGUUCUUCUUUUGGAUGAGGCUACUUCAGCCGUGGACAGGGAUACCGACAACCUGAUCCAAGAGACCAUCCGGAGUGAGUUUGCUAGCCAUACGGUCCUGUGCAUCGCUCACCGCAUUUCCACAAUCAUGCAUUCCGACAGGGUUUGCGUGCUCGAUGCCGGGAAAGUUGUGGAACUCGCAUCCCCGCAAGACUUAAUGAAAGAUGUGGCCAGUGAUGCGAGGGGCCACUAUGCGAGGAACCAAACCUUGUGUUCUGUGAAGGCGGUUCAGGGCUUUGCUAGGACGAGCAACUCGGAAGCAGCAGAGAUCAAAGACACCAGAGCGGGUGCCGCCCACCAGCUUUGCAGCAAAUGGAAAUUCCAUCCCGAGACCGGGCUCUACCUCCACAUCAAGAGUGGAGUAUAUUACAUACAGAAGGAGGGCGACCCGAAGAACUUUCGGAAGAUCGACGACGACGAUGACCCCAUCGUCCGGAAGAUGAAGCAGUCGGAGGAGAUGCGGAGGGCCAUCCAGUCCACCGAGUUCGUCCACUUCGGGGAAGGAGCAGCCGCGGCCGCGGCCCCCCCCAGGGCAAUCCGGGAAGAUGGUGUCCCCGCCGCUCCCGUAGAGAUUGCACCAGCGCCGCGGCCUCCGGAGAAGGAGAAACCGGAGGGAGAACCCGACAAGAAGAUCGAAGGGAGGGUGCGGGAAUGGAACGCCGAGAAGGGCUUCGGCUUCAUCAUUCCCCUCGUUCGGGAAGACGAGGAGGCUCCGAAGAGCAUCUUCGUCCACUUGUGGAAUGUGGUGGGCAGCACCAGCAAGAAUCCCAUCAACCUCCGGGAGGGCUCCAAGGUCCUCUACAAGCUGGGGGAGCAAGAUGGAAAGCCCAGGGCGCAAGACGUUGUCAUGCUCGGGAAGGACGGCAAGCCCCUCCCUGUGCAUGCGGGCGCACAGAACCUGGAGGAGAAAAGAAAGAGCUAUUUCGUCACAGCCGAGACGCUUGGCGUGCGGGUUCAUGCGGAAAGCUGGCCUGGCAAGCAGAUCGAGUUGCAAGACCGAUACGCCCAGGAUGAGGCCAUGGACGAACUCGGAGUCUACUUCGGCGUCUUUGAUGGCCACGGGGGCGCGCAGGUCUCUGAGUUGGCAGCCAAGAACCUCCACCGGAACAUCUUGUCCUGCUUCCGGCAGAAGGCCGUGCAGCCGGCAAGCCGGGACGAGAAGAUCAAGAUGGCCGUGCGUGAGGCCUUCGCGACAACGGACCGAGACAUCCUCGCGCUUUCAGAGAGGAAGAAGUUCGACUCUGUCGGCUCCACUGCCGUUUGCGCGCUGCUGCACGGCAACCCAAAGCUGGGAACGGCGCUGCGGCUGGUGCUUGCACACAUCGGGGACUCUCGAGCGAUCCUCUGCCGAGCCGGGCAAGCGGUCCAGAUCACCGAAGACCACAAGCCGGACCGGAUAGACGAGAAGAAGCGGAUAGAGAGGGCAGGCGGCUUGGUUUUGAACGUCCGUGGGGCGUGGCGGAUCGCGGCCCCGGCCAACCCGCGUGGGUCUACAAAGUCCUCGCGCCGGGAAUACCAGGGCCUCUCCAUCACCAGGUCCUUAGGGGACGCUUGCUUCAAGAAUCCGGCCUUGUCAGCGGCCGACCCCGAGGUCAGGGUCCUGCCGAUUUCCGACAAGGACCUCUUCAUCGUCCUCGUUACCGAGGGGGUCACAAGAGUCCUCUCCAACCAAGACGUGAUAGACUGUGCCAGCAAACAUUGGGCUGACUCGGAAGAAGCCGCAAAGAAUAUCGUGCGGACGGCGUUUCAGGCCGGCAGCGACGAGAACUUGACCGCCUUGGUCGUUCAAUUCGGGUGGGCCGACAAGCACACACCACGGUACAUCGAAAGGAGACGGCAAAUGGUGGCGCAAGGUGUUGAUGGGGGAAGCCCGGUCAUGAAGCCGACGGCGCCGAGCAAGGAGGUCUUCUCUGAUAAAGCCGUGGAGAAGGAUGAUUUUGACAUGUUUGGCUGA